AUGUCAGAUCGAGAGAAGCUCCGUGCCAUCUACAUGUUCGAUAUCGGUUCAAAGUACCAGACCAUGGACCCCCAGAAAGACAGCUGGCGGAUUUGGAAGGAUGGAAUUGACUCCAUGAAGGUGAGGUUGCCCAUUUCGUAUCAGAGCCCGUCAUCUGAGAUCAAGCAUGCGGUCCAGUUCAGCAAGGGUCUUUUCGGGCAGCACGAGUACUACAGUCUCCCUAUGGAGCUGUGCGGUGUCAUGACUUCGCCAGACGCGGAGGUCGCUGAGUUUGGAGAUCCGAAGGAGUCCAAUCAUAUUCUCGGCGUGGCGCGCGGCGAGGUGGUCAACGUGCGCGCAGAGGCGCGCGUGUUCAACGCCAGGACCAACGCGGCCGUCCUUCCCUGCGGCGUCGUCAACACCAACGAGAGCGCACAGGUGGUUGUCUCGGACCCCGAUGCUCACCAG